AGGAGGAGCAGCAGAGCCGGGCCAGUGUUUGACCCGGGACACGGUGGAGCUGACAGGUGCGAUGACAGCGAGACUUCUGCCGCUGCUGCUGCUGUGCUGCUCGGGCAGAGGAGCGGAGCCCCCCGCCGCCGCUGUUAGAGACUAUUAUAUAGCUGCUGUGGAAAUCGGCUGGGACUAUAUCUACCUGGACGAUGCUGACCCAGCGGCCGAACAAAGGAGGAGAUCCAAAGAUAUUCCUCAAAAAUACAUCAAGGCAGUUUACAGGGAGUAUAUAGACUCCACGUACUCUGUCCCCAAGCCAAGGCCAGCAUGGACAGGUAUUCAAGGCCCGGUGAUUGUGGCCCAGGCUGGCGACAGGGUGGUGGUCCACUUCAAAAACCUGGCCUCUCAGCCCUACAGUAUCAGCCCUGUGGGGAUCUCCUACUGGAAACAGUCUGAAGGAGCUGGGUAUGAUGACUCCACAGCAGGCCAGGAGAAAGAGGAUGAUGCCGUCUAUCCUGGAGGAUACUAUGAGUACGUGUGGGACAUCAGCCCCAAAGACGGUCCCACCAAAAAUGACCCUGAGUGCCUCACCUAUUCCUAUUCAUCCCAGGUGGACACAGUCCGAGACGUAAACUCAGGACUCAUUGGUGCCCUGCUCAUCUGCAAAACAAGUGCCUUCACAGCUGGCCAGAGGAAAAAUCCAGCAUUUGUCCUGCUGUUUGCGGUCUUUGAUGAGACCAAGAGCUGGUAUGGAGAGGCGGGAGAGAGGAAGAGCAGAGAGAAGUUCAAGAGGAGCAACGACAGGAAGGAAUACCACACCAUCAAUGGAUAUGUCAACUCUACUUUACCCGGUUUGAAAAUGUGUCAGGGGCGUAAUCAUGUGUUUUGGCAUAUGAUUGGGGUGGGCACAGCUCCAGAAAUCCACUCCAUUCAGUUUCAGGGUCACUCUCUGCAGGUGUUGACCCAUCGUAAAGUCACUAUGGAGGUGACCCCUAUGACGUUCACUGCUGCAGAAAUGAGACCUGCAACUAUAGGCCGCUUCCUUAUCAGCUGUCAGAUACAUGCUCACCGCCACGAUGGCAUGAACGCUUUGUUCACAGUGGAGAAAUGCAGUGACCCUGACUCUCUGCCAGGACCUGACCUGCGUAACGCCAAAGAAAAGGAAAACUACAGUGAUGAUGACUACAGUGAUGACUACAGUGAGAACGCAUUCAAUACCAUAAGCUUCCAGUCUCUGAAACCUCAAGUGCAAGCCAGAGCCAGCAGGGGACAGCAGUCUAAAACCUGGGAGCAUUACAUCGCUGCUGAAGAGGUCACCUGGGACUACGCUCCUCAUCUCAAACCCACAGACAGUGAGUUGCAGUCUGAAUAUUUGCCUUCCCAUCACCUGGGCUACAGGUAUAAAAAGGUGGUGUAUGUGGAAUACACAGAUGGGUCUUUCACUCAGAGGAAGAACCCUGAAAAUACACUGCUUGGUCCACUUCUGAAAGGAAAAGUCAAUGAUCAAAUCUAUAUCACUUUCAGAAACCUUGCCAGUCGCCCUUUCAAUAUCUACCCCAAUGGCCUUACCAAGAUCUUUCCACUGCGGAGAUCCACAAAUGCAGCUGCAGAGAAGGACUUGCGCACCAUGGGAGUGCCCCCCAAUGGGACUUUUGGCUACAUUUGGAGACUAACAACAGAUGAUGGGCCUUUGAAUGGAGACCCCGAGUGUCUGACCCAGCUGUACCAGAGUACCGUCUCCCCAGAGAGGGACUUGGCCUCAGGGCUGGUGGGCACCCUACUCAUCUGCAAGGACGAGGCCAUCGACAUCAGAGGACGCCUGCUUGGCCCAGAUAAAGAGUGGAGGGUGAUAUUUGCUGUGUUUGAUGAGAACAGAAGUUGGUACAUCAACGAAAACAUGCAGUCCAAGUCCAACCAAAACACCACCGCCCCCGAAUUCUACAACUCCAAUGUUAUUUACAGUGUAAACGGCAUCAUGUUCAGCGGUCGCCAGUUUGUGAUAUGUAAAACUGACGUCACCUUCUGGCACGUGGCCAGUGUGGGCACCCAGAGUGACUUCCUCUCUGUGUACUUCACGGGAAACCUGUUUCAGUACCAAGGCCUCCACCAGUCUGUCCUCACCCUCUUCCCAAUGACUGGCGUGACCAUUCCCAUGGAACCCGAGGUGAUGGGUGAGUGGGAGAUCAGUGCCUUUGAUGGCAGCCUGAGGAGCCGGGGAAUGAGCAUCCAUUACACCGUUCGCCCUUGCGACAAUGGAGAUCUACCACUAGUCGAUCGUGAUGGGCUUGAAGACGAUAUCUCUGACUAUAUUGAUCAUAUAGAUCCGAGGGGCAGAAGACCUCAGAAUAACACAGUGUUAGUUAAACUGUGCAAGAAAACCAAAAAAACUGAGGGGGCUGGAGCUGAAGGGCAGUCUGCAGAAUGUGAGUCGAAGACGGUGGAAGGAGAAGAACCUAGUCUGGUGUCAGGGGGAGGAAUCCCACUGGAUAUCUUGGAGGAAAUAGAGAUAGAUGGGGAGUGGACAGUUUCUCAGAAUGGGACUGAACCUGGAGGAGAGGGAAGUGUCAGACAGAGGAGACAGGCCGAGGGCAACGGGACAGAUGUAGAUAUCAGUUCGGGAGCCUCAGAAGAUGGAGGAGUUGGGAUGGAGAUUGGAGAGCAGGCUGUGGAAAAUGGGACUGAUGCAGGUCCCAAGGGAAAAGCUGAGAAAAGGAGCGAAAUGUCAAGUGUAAAUAAUGGGACACAAGGAGAGCUUGGCGAGAGCAAUGAGAUCUUACUGAACAGCAAUCCGCUGCUGGACAAGAAAGUCUCAAGUGUGGAACCAACCAGUUCAGAAGAGAUGGAUAAAAACUUAAUUCAGUCCGAACCUGAGCAUCUCAAAGUGGAUAUGCCGGAUCCGGAAUACAACUACACUGUUGAAGACGACAACACACCAGGGCUUGAUAUGUCCUUCCAGUAUGAUGACUACAGCCAAGAGGUGAACAACCAAUCAGGUAUAAUUGCCACAGAUUACAUGGACCUGCGCUCAGGGGAAGUCAGAUAUCGACACUACUACAUUGCUGCAGAAGAGAUCACCUGGGACUACGGCAUCAGAAAACCACAUCAACUCAUCAAACCCAGAGAGAUGCGUCGUGGGAUGAGGAAGUUCCUUCCAGAGUAUAAGAAGGUGGUGUUUCGAGCCUACAGAGAUAAAGACUUCCAAGAUCCUGUAGGCAGAGGAGAACUCCAGGAACACCUGGGAAUCAUGGGACCUUUCAUCAGAACAGAGAUUAAUGAUCUCCUCACUGUGAUCUUUAAGAACAAGGCAUCCAGGCCUUACUCCUUUCACCUUCAGGGAGUCUAUGACCGCAGCCAGGGAGCCGGCAUGGCCCAAAGCCACGCCUCCUCCUCUCCACCCGGGAUCCCAGGAGAGCCUGUGGCUCCCGGGGAGGCGCGGACAUAUAACUGGAGAAUAACCAGGAAACAAGGACCAACCGACACUGAAUUUGACUGCAAGACUGGGGCUUACUACUCCACUGUGGACAAGGAGAGAGACCUUCAUUCGGGGCUGAUUGGUCCACUGGUGAUCUGUAAGCCCGGUACCCUCCAGACUCGUCAGUACACGCAGCCAGACGUCCAAGAUUUCUCCCUUCUCUUCCACACCUUUGAUGAAACUAAAAGCUGGUACCUGGAGGAGAGCCUGCAGCGACACUGUGCUCCACCUUGUGAGGCUAACUCUGAAGACCCCUGGUACCACAUCAGCAAUAAGUUUGCAGCAAUAAAUGGUUAUGUGGCAGAGACACUUCCUGGUCUGAUGGUCGCCCAGCACCAGCAAGUCAGGUGGCACCUGCUGAAUGUAGGAAGUGACGGAGAGUACCACGCUGUACACUUCCAUGGAUUGCCUUUCACAGUUCACACCAAACAGGAACACCGUAUGGGGGUCUACAACCUCUUCCCUGGAGUGUUUGGUACGGUGGAGAUGAGACCCCCCACAGUUGGCACGUGGCUGGUGGAGUGCACUGUGGGAGACUACCAGCUGGCCGGAAUGAGGGCUAAACUACUUGUCUAUAAUCCAAAAUGUGUCUUGCCUCUGGGGAUGAAAUCAGGAAGAAUCGAGGAUCACCAGAUCACAGCAUCAGAUCACAUUGAUAACUGGCAGCCACGACUGGCGAGGCUGGAUCAGUCUGGUUAUAUCAAUGCCUGGAUGGGCAGAAACAAGAUGUCAUGGCUACAGGUUGACCUUAAGAGGCCCGCCCUGCUGCACGGUGUGAAGACGCAGGGAGUCAGCGUAAAGCUGAGGGACAACCACAUCACAUUCUUCACCAUCUCCUACAGCCUGGACCGGGAGACUUGGACCGAGUACAGAGGAAACAGCACCAGCCAUACCAAAGUAUUUUAUGGCAACAUGGACAGCUCCAGGGUGAAAGAAAACCACUUCAUUCCACCAUUUGUGGCUCGCUAUGUCAGGAUUCAUCCAGUGGACUUUAAGCAAAGGCCUGCUCUUCGACUGGAGCUGCUGGGCUGCGAUCUCAACAGCUGCUCUCUCCCUCUCGGGCUCCAGAACAGGCAGAUUCCUGACAGCAGCUUUAGUGCUUCUUCAUCGUACACAUCUCUGCUGCGUAACUGGCCCCCGAAACUCGCCCGCCUCUAUCAGGAAGGAAGCACCAACGCCUGGAGGCCAAAGAACAACAACCCCCACGAGUGGCUGCAGGUUGACUUGGGGAAAAUAAAGCGCAUCACGGGGGUCAUGACCCAAGGGGCACGAUCACUGUUGACUCAAAUGAUGGUGACAGAGUUCUCAGUCACCGUCAGCCAUGAUGAACGCUCCUGGAGCAGUGUGUUAGAGGAGGACUCCCAAAGAGAAAAGAUCUUCACAGGAAACAACGACUCAGAUGAGGAGGCUCUCGCCGUUUUUGAUCCUCCUCUGUUCGGCCGCUACCUUCGUAUCCACCCGCGGGGUUGGAUCAACGACAUCGCCCUGCGUCUGGAGGUCCUGGGCUGCGACACACAGCAGGGGCUCUGACACCACCAACCCACCAAUGGCAUGCAGCGACAUUUUAGGAGCACAAUGUAUCUUGGUUUCAUUUUGGAGUUGUAACUUCGGUUAGUGAUUAAAAAUGUAACACUGUUAUGUAGAGCACUUGUUAAGUUAUAUAUUACAUGUAGCUGUUGGUAUAAGAGGAAAUAGUUCUUCCACCACUUUGUUUACAUUUCUUCUUUUGGUCAUUUCAUGCAGAAAAAGAGCAAAGAAUCGUGUUUUAUGUUGACAGAAAAACAUUUAUUUUAAGAUGAGUUACACAUUUUUACUUCCCUUUGCAGUACACAGCUGUGCUAACCACAGAACAAACCUUUUGAAUGUGAGCGUGUGUAAAUAUUUCAGACUCAGAUGGAUGUAUAAAGUUUGAAAAGUCAAUGUAUAUUGUUGGAAAAGUUUGUAUUAAUGUAUUUUUCUGCUUUAUUACAAUUUAUAUAAACAAUGAAUCCUGAA